AUGAAAUUGUCAGAAACACUUAAAAGUAAAUGGAUAGAAUAAACAAACUAGUUUGAGGCUCUAGGUCAAAGAGGCUGGUGCAGCAUUUUUGCUGAACUUCCAGUAUAUGAAGGAUUAUAUUAUAGUGAAAUAACAGUACUUGAGCCUAAAUUGCCUCUCCCAUUUGAAAAUGUUGUUCCUCAUGUUAGAAUAGGAAUAGGUACAAAGGAAAGUAAUGUAGAAUUACCCAUUGGUGCAGAAGAAAUAUCUUACUGCUAUAGGGAUAGAGAUGGAAAUAAACUUACGUAAGGAAAAGCAGAAUAAUAUGGCGAAAAAUAUGGAGUAGGUGAUGUAAUUGGUAUUUUAGUUUAUCUUCAACCACCUAAACCCAAAUUAAAGCUAAAAAAAGAAAACUAAGAAAAAGAAAAUGAAAUGUAGAUAGAAUAUAAUUUAAAUUUUAAUUCGCAAUAAAUGAUUAGUAAUUAAUCAAUUUAGUCAUAUCAAAAAAUAUUUAAUGCAAACUAAGGCUAGGUAGAUUAGAAUAAUAAUAACCGCUGUUCGAUUAGCAAUAAUCUUUAAGAAGUUUUAAUGAACCAAUAAAACUCUAUUUUAAUUUAAGAUUAAGAUUUAAACUAAGAAAGUUUUGUUUACUUUUUUAAAAACGGCGUGAACCAGGGAAAAGCUUUUAAAAACAUUAAAGAAGGAUUCUAUUAUGUAGGAGCAUCUCUUUACAUGAAUGCCAGAGUUAAGUUUAAUUUUGGACCUGAUUUUGCUUAUCAGGUUAAUUUAGAAAACGAAGGAAUAUUAUUAGAUGAAGAUAUAGUAUUAAAUCCUUACGAUCAGAUAUCAAAAAUAUAAAUCCCAUAUAAUGAUAUUUGA